AUGGAAAUCCACAGAGCUUCAAACCAUUACGAUUCAAACGAAAUGGGUCCCGCUUCUGAAGAUCCAAACCAAAGUGGUUCUGUAUCUGAACAUUCAAACCAAAGUCGUCCUGAUUCUGAAGAUUCAAACCAAAGUGAUUCUAGUCCAGAAGAUCCACCCCAAAUUUUUAUUGAUUUUGAUAACGCAAAUGGAAGUGGUCCUGAUUUUGAAUAUUCAAACCAAAGUAUUCCUACGCCUGAAAUACAAAUUAUUGUUGAUUAUGAAGACACAAAUCAAAAUGUUACUGUUUCUGAAAAUCCAAAUCAAAGUGUUCCUGUUUCUGAAGAUCCAAUUCAAAAUAUGAUUAAAGAGAAUGCUAAAAUCAGAUAUGAAAGUCAAACUGGAAAUGCUGUUCCGAUAUACAUGAGUAGGACGAUAUGUCUUUUGAUAGCAUUGUGGAUUAGUUCAAACACUGCUUCUAAAACACCUACAAAAUUUGAUGGUGAUAUUUGUAUCAUAGGAUAUAAAAAAUAUCAUUUUGUAAAAUACAGAUCCAUUGAUGGCAAACUUUGGCAAGUCAAUCGCCUCGAUGUACCAAUUAAAGAACUAAACGUACAACUAUAUGAGGAAAACUUUAUUUAUAAUAUUUUAGAAGAGUAUUAAA